ACCCUAGACACGAUGAAGAGCAGCGUCCUUGGAGUGCUGGCGACCCUGUGGGUGUGCGCGCUGGCCAGCCCGGCGGACCCGAAGGUGGCGAAGCUGGUCGCCGCGAACGAAGAGGAGGCGGCUGCUGCCCUGGUGGAGGAGCCGCGAGACAAGAGGGACUGGGUCCACUACAACAAGGCCGGCUUCGUCGACGCCGUGGUCGAGAGCGACGUCAACCCGGCUGUGGUCGCCACCGCAGUUGCCGCCGCCAGUGACAACGCCUUUGCCGGGAGCUUCCAGUCGCCGUCCGGGGUGUCGGGCCGCACUCGAUGGAACCAACCUUCCUUUGGGAGCUAUGGUUAUGGCUACAAUUACCCUCACUGGUGGCCCCAAAGUUCGCAGUGGAGGACUAGAGGCAGCGGAUUUCCCUCCCAGAAUCAGUUCGACAAUUACGAGGCCUGGCUGACGUGGAGGAACUUUAACCAGAACGCCGGAGGGUUCGUGCCUUACCAGUUUAUGCAAAGACCUGGCUCUAAUUUUAGGCAGAACUUGCCGGAUGUCAUUGACACAAGCCCUCAGGGCCGAACCAGGAUGGUUACAGAUGGCAGCGGAAGGUCAUACACAGUCGCUGCUCUUAACGACUUCCCUACCAACUUUAACCCAGGCGUGAGCUUCUAAGAACUGUUGUUUUCUCAUUUCUUACACUUGACCGGCAUCUACCAGAUGUCUGUUCAAACCUCUAAUUCGAGACUGAUUCUAAUUCUAUCUAAUGUCCUCCUAUUCUUGACUGGCACCUACCUGACGUCUACCUAAACUUCUUUUUCUUGACUGGCGCUUACCCAAUGUCUACCUAAUUAUCCUAAAUAAAGCGCGCGAACUCUUGAGCGCUCUCAAUUGCCGAAGGAGGCACUCAAAGCAAGUGCACCUUUGAGUCUGGCUCUGUGCCAGAUUGGCCUUAGGGCUACAAGCAUUACCAGCUUCUCUGCCGUAUCAAUAGGUUUAUAGAUGUCCCAAUCCCGUAGUUUCUAUUUUUGCUUGUAAAUAAAGACUUUUUGUCUGA